AGGGAAACCACAGGAAGUAGAAUGACCAUUUAAGUAGUGACGAGACAAAGUAGGCGGGGCGGGGCUCUCUGGACCAAGAGUUUAUUUUGAUUGGUCAGGAAAGAUGAAAAUGCGUUUACGUCGUCUAUUUAAACAUCAUUAGCGUUUGUUUUCAGUUCACUGGUUAUUAAAAUGCCUGUCUGUCAUAAGAUAUGUGUAAAAUAUUUUAGGAACGUUGCUGAAGGUGCAUACACAGUGGUUAUUUACAGGUUGCUUCUGUUACCUUUCUCAUCGCUGGUGAGACUGGACCAAUCACUGAGGUCUACUGUGAUCACGUGAUAAGACGUUUUCUAAAUAAGUUGAUCGGCGUGAUUGGACGGAACCUGGCCAUUUGUUUAAGUAUAUUUAAACCCUUAUACACUUAAGUAAAGGAACCUCACCUGUAAAAAAAUUAAAAUACCUUAGAGACAUUAAUUGGUGAAAAUUUAGGACAUAAAAAACUAAUUUAGAAAAAAAUCAGAAACAUGUGCCAGCCAUUGAGCAAGGAUCAGCGACAAAAUACUAUGGCAAAGCUUGUAGCUUCAACCCACGGCCUUUUUAAAGUAACUAUUGACGUCAUCAUGUGUCCUUCACCAUAGUAUGAUUCGUAUACAGUAACGUGCUGUGAGUCUGCUCGCAAGAAUUUCAUUGCGUGUUAAAGCAGAAAAGCGAAAACAAGCAACGAUUGUUUAAUAUUGUCAACUCAAGCAACGAUUGUGUAUAAUUGACAACUCAAGCAACGAUUGUGACAUCUCUAACUUCCCAGAGUGAUGUCACGCUCUCAGUGGUUCUUCCUGUCUACUGUGUUGUGUUUGGCUCAUCCUGAACUGAUUCUGGGUCAGAACUGCUCAGAGGACUGUAAAGCAUGUGGAGGAGCAGAAAAAGAUCAAUGUCUGCAGUGUCACACAGGAUUUAGUCUAAAUGACAACGUGUGUGUGGAUAUUGAUGAAUGUGGCACUGAACUGGGUCGCUGUCCCCACAACACAUACUGCUUGAACACUCACGGGUCUUACCAGUGCAGAGCAUGUGACGAGGCUUGCUCGGGGUGUAUGGGUGGAGGACCAGCCCGCUGUAGAAAAUGUGCACCCGGAUACAGAUCUUCAGCAAUGAAAUGUUUAGAUAUAGAUGAAUGCGCUGAGGAAAUGUUGGCCUGCCCUGGUCUCAAUGUCAUCUGUGUAAAUACAGAAGGUUCAUUUUACUGUCAGUGUGCAGACGGUUACACACGCAAAAGCACCGGCUGUGAGAGAGACCAGGCAGCAGCUGGUGAAGGAACAGGUAUUUUUGAUAACAUUCAAGAUGAUGAAAUCGAGGUCCUGCAGCAGAUGUUUUUCGGUGUGGUGCUGUGUGCGCUGGGCACGCUGGCGGCUAAAGGAGAUCUUGUGUUCACCUCCAUCUUUAUGGGGGCGGUGGCGGCCAUGUUUGGAUACUGGCUGUCUGAUAAGACCGAUCGAGUGAUGGACGCCCUGAUAAGAGGGAGAUAAAUUAUUUUUUAGCACAAAAGUGUUUAAAU